UUCCGCAAGAAGCCCCGCCCUUUCCUUUUUGGGGGGCGAGGAGCCGGUUCACCUCACAGAGCGGCCGCCAUUUGCGUCGCUGCUGUGCUGCUGCCCAGGAUGAAGAUCUGGAGCUCAGAGCACGAGUUCGGACAUCCAUGGGAAACUGUAAUAAAAGCUGCUAUGCGAAAAUACCCCAAUCCUAUGAACCCAUCAGUGGUAGGAGUUGACGUCUUGGAUCGAAGCCUUGAUAAUCAAGGAAGGUUGCAUAGUCACCGGUUGCUUAGCACUGAAUGGGGCCUACCAAGUAUUGUAAAAGCGAUUCUGGGAACGAGUAGAACUGUCACAUACAUUAAAGAACAUUCUGUGGUUGAUCCUGUGGAAAAGAAAAUGGUACUGAGUUCAACAAAUAUAACACUCACAAAUCUUGUGUCAGUUGAUGAACGAUUAGUGUACACGCCUCAUCCUGAAAACCCAGAAAAGACUUUGCUAACUCAGGAAGCAAUUAUCACCGUAAAAGGUGUCAGCCUCAGUAGCUAUUUGGAAUCUUUAAUGGCGAGCACAAUAUCUUCUAAUGCUAGAAAGGGCCGAGAAGCCGUAGAGUGGGUGAUUGGCGAACUAUCCUCCACGCGUGACAGCAUGAAAUCCACAAUGGCAGCUGCUUCAAUGGAAGAUUGACGAACUAUGACAAAUGUUAUUUUUCCAUUAGAUUUUUUUUUGCCAAAAUGAUACUCCAUAGUUUUUAAAGAGAUGUAUAUAUAUUUGUUUAUAUAAUGAGACUCUUACAGGACAGAAGCGACAUUUUUAAAUGUAUUUUGAAGCUUCCAUGGGACCUUCUAGUUGCCUGAAGUGCAGAUUGACAUAACUGUAUUUUUAGUUUUUUCACGGCUUUAACUUGAACUGUUGGCUUACUCCAAGUAUGGAAACCUCAAGUCCUACUGAAGUAAUGGCUUUUGAAGUCCAAGUGGAGGAUUAGAGUCUGCAUAAGUACCAUGCUUUGAUAAACAAACUAAGGGAGUUAACUUUUUUAUUAUGUAUUCCAUUGUGCCCCCUGCUUAGUAUUUAUUAUUUUCUUUAGAGGUGCAGCUACCGGUCUUCUGUAAAGGACAAAGGUACAAAAAGCACUGGAGAUUUAACCAAUCUCUAAUAGCUCGUUUUGAAUAUGGGAGGAUAAGGAACGACAGAAGAGGAGAUGACCAAGCUUGUCCAGUGGGCCUUCCUCAGAGCUUGCAAUCUAGGAUCUUCCAGAGGUUAAUUCCUAUCAAUCCUAGUUAGUAUGGCCAAUUGGCAGAGACGAUGGGACUUAUAAUGCCGCACAUCUAGAAGACAACAAGCUGGUUACUGCUGGCCUGCAAAGGUCAGCAGUAGAGCCUACUUUAGUGGAACCUCUUUGGGAGUCAAAUACUACUGGGGCUCUUGCAUAACAGGGCUCCUUGGUGGUGAAUUGUGCUCUCUUGUGAAAGAGGCCUUCUGAACCUUGGUCUUUGUGGGGACAAGAUUGUCUUGCACUGUUUAAAUGCAGAAUAUUUUACCUCUGAUUAUUUAUGCUCAGCCCACAGUUAGGGACAGAGGAACUGUCCUGCUGCUAGCACAAAAUGGCUUGACUCUUUGUUAUCCCCCUUAUUUGUUCAUCCAGUAGGUAUUUUUUCAGAUAUAUAUUCAUUGUGGUCACUAAUGUGAAGAUAACUGAUAUCCUAGUGGAAAGUUAGGACUAAUUUAAUAUGUAGUUCUUAGUACUAAGAAAAUAACCUUCAGAUAUUUUGAUAACUUGGCUGCAUAUCUUGCUUUUAUUUUUCUGUAACGGAUGCUGAACUGCAGAAGGAAUUUCCAUCCCAGUCCAAAGUAACACUUAUGGAAUAGUUCUCUCGAAAUUGGAAAAAAAUAAAUGGGAAAACCCUUGUUUAACAAAGGUUGAGAUGACUGUGUAGCGUGAUACUUCAGACAGAAGAUGAGUUAAAAAGAAGAGAGAAAAGCAGAGUAAAACUUUUUAAUGAAAUGGAAAUGGUUUUGAAAGUUUACGUAAAUUUGGAGGCAGUUAAAUUUUGUAUUAAACAUGUUAAUUUAGAUUAACAUCAUUAACAAUUCAUUGAAUCAUGCGAAGGCUGAUCCCUUGGAAAUUGUAUAGUAUAUAAACCUAGAAACAUCUUAGGCCAAGUGCAUUUUCAAGCCUUCUGUAUUUCAGAAUGGUAAAAGAGUUCCCUACAUAGAUUUGAAAAUUUCUGCUGUCUACAUACAUCCAGUAAGAAAAUAAUAUUGUUUUCCUUUCUUCAAA